ACUCAGUUACUCAGCAGUACUCAACGCUUGCUUGAACAACUUGGUAUCGUCGAACGUUUUCUCAGUUAACGAAGGAACGUUGCCUUGUGUGGAUCAACAGGUGGUGUGCUAGUGAUCUCCCUGACACAAGAGUGUUCCACCAUCCAAGCAUGGGAGUCACUUAUGCUAGCAGUUUAUUCGUCUUGCUCGCUGUAUUGUUAAUAACAGUGAAUGGCGGCGAUAUAAUACGUAAAAGUAUAGUUUUCGACAAGAACACGCCGGACGUGUUUUAUUGUCCCCAACAUAAGCCAACAGGAUUUGAAAAAAUGAUCGUAAAAGCGAAACCAUUAUGGAGGCUUUGUCAAUUUGAGGGCAAACCUAUUCCAGAGGAUUACAAAAGUGAUUGUUACAAUGACGUAGAUGAAUCGGAGUACGCUUGUAAGGAAAAAUAUAGAAUUAUGAAGCGAAUCAAAAAUGCCGAGGGAGACGGAAAAGCCAUUGACAACGACUACAUCGAGAAAUAGAUGAAAAUGACGAUGCUGCACGGCCAAUCCACGCGCAAAUCCAUUAUUCACACACUAUUAAAAAAAGAAUAUUAAAAAAAAAAAAAAAACAAAAACAAAAAAA